AUGAUCGAUGUUUUUUGGGGGGUACCAGAAUCAAUAGAAAAACCCUGGGCUCAGCUUACGGAGAGGCUGAUUGCCAGUGGAUGCCACAAUGAUGCAUUUUCAAUCUUCAGAAUUGCAAGCAGGACACUGGGCGAAGAUGUGCCAGAGGUUUGGAUCGGCUUUGCCAACACUAAGGGAAAGCUAUACGGCUCCACACGGCUGAGCAGGUGCCGGGACAUUUUCGAAGAGGCAAACCAGAGCCUCAGGACGUGUCAGGGGGAGGAUAGGAUCAAGCUCCUCCACGCGUGGUAUAGUUUUGAGAGGGAGAACGGGUCCCAAAGCACAGAGGACCAUGUCCUUGCCAAGAUGCCGCAACAGGAGAGACGAAUGAGGCGAGUGGUGGACGAGGACGGGGAGGAGAGAUCGGAGGAGUAUACCGACUUCACCUUUCCUGAAGAGACCGCCGAGCAGCAUCAAGACUGA